UCCCGGACAUCCGGUCGUCAGGCCCCGCCCCCGGCCGUCGGUGUCAUGGCGCUGUGCGAGGCCGCGGCUUGCGGGAGCCCGUUGCUCUGGCCUCGGGUGUUGCUCUUCGGAGACUCCAUCACCCAGGUACCGCCGCUGGGGCGUGGGGUGCUCGCACCCGCCUUCCCUGGGGUCGCUGCCCUGCUUGCCUGCGGGGAGAACCGGCAAUCGCUGUGACAGCCCGAGGCCUGAGGUCGCUCCCCAGGCUUUUUGCACUGCAGGAUCCUGGAAGCAAGUUGGGAACCCAGAUGCUCCCAGAAAUGAAGUGAAAAUCAGUUUUUCUCGCAUCUACUCGCUUUAGUGGAGGGAAGAGAAGCACUUUUUUAUGCCUUUUCCCUCCACUUUGGUGUUUUUUUAAUUUUUCUCACUGAUGACUUCCUAUGAACGGAUUCAAACAUGAUUUUCUAAAAAGCAAUUGCAUGGAUGCCCAUCAUGGGUAACGCGGGUUUGAGUUGGACAUUCCAGAUUCCAGGGGCAUGCACACGUCACAAAGGGUCUUCCUCGGCUCCCCUCCUGAAUUUGUUCAGCAGUGGAAAUGGAAAGGUGGAGCUCCGUGGACUUCAUUUCCUAACUGAGCAAACCAGGGCUUCAUCUCUUUCUCGCACAUGGAUGGUGGGCUGGGAACACAUCAGGGGCCCUUGACAUGUUACAAUACCAGAUGGGCCAAAAUUAUUCUUCCAAGACUAAUCAGGAAAGGGAACAGUUUGGACAACCCUGUAGCAGUUACUGUUUUCUUUGGGGCCAAUGAUAGUGCACUAAAAGAAGAGAACCCCAAGCAGCACAUUCCCGUGGAGGAAUAUAUUGAGAAUCUCAAGAGCAUAGUGCAGUACCUCAAUUCCGUGGACGUUCCCAAGAACAGGAUCAUUCUCAUUUCGCCACCCCCACUCUGUGAGGCCAUGUGGGAAAAGGAGUGUCGCCUGCAAGGCUGCAAGUUAAAUCGCCUGAACUCAGUAGUUGGAGAAUAUGCUAGUGCCUGUUUACAAGUAGCCCAAGACUGUGGCACUGAUGCACUUGACUUGUGGACCCUGAUGCAGAAGGACAGCCAGGAUUUUUCGUCCUAUUUGUCAGAUGGACUACAUUUAUCACCUAAGGGAAAUGAGUUUUUGUUCUCCCAUCUUUGGCCUUUGAUAGAGAAGAAAGUCUCCUCUCUCACUUUGCUUCUUCCUUACUGGCGAGAUGUAGCAGAAGCAAAACCGGAACUCAGUCUCCUGGGAGAUGGAGACCAUUAGUCACAGUGAACCGUGUCUGGCUCUGAAGCUCCUGUCAAGCUUCUGAUGCACAAAGAUGCCAGCCAAACAAUCAAAGAAUAUUUUCUUCUUUCUCUGACCCUGGACAAAAAGCCACUAGCAUUUGUCACCAAGACUAAUAAAAUCAAUUUUUCAGGAA